CCUCUUUCCCCUUCUAGGUUGCCGGUAGCUAGUAGGAGCUGAGGCUCUUCCCUGAGGAGAACGUCGCGGCCGUAGGUCGCUGCACCCGUGGGGAGUGGAUGCCGUUAGCGGAGGAGGUCGACCUCCCCCACCUCCUGGGCCCCUCCCGCCUUCGGGGACUGCCCGCGGCGCCACUUUAUCUUGCCAGGUAUUAUCAUUAUGGAAGAUAAAGAGAUACCAACAGUGAAUCUCACAGUGACACCUUUGCAGCAAAUGAUGGCCUCAUGUACUGGAGCUAUACUUACAUCACUAAUGGUGACACCUUUGGAUGUUGUUAAAAUUCGUCUUCAAGCUCAGGACCACCAAUAUCCCAAAAGAAGGUGUUUUUUAUAUUGUAAUGGACUGAUGGAUCAUCUGUAUUACUGUGACGAGGGUAGCCACAAAGCAUGGUACAAGAAGCCUGGCCGUUUCAGUGGAACAUUGGAUGCCUUUUUGAAAAUUAUUCGAAAUGAGGGCAUAAAAUCCUUGUGGAGUGGUCUUCCUCCUACACUAGUGAUGGCAGUUCCUGCUACAGUUAUAUACUUUACUUGUUAUGACCAGUUAUCUUCAUUUAUGAAGUCUAAACUAGAAAAUGAUGCCUACAUACCAAUUUUUGCUGGAAUUCUGGCCAGAUUAGGUGCAGUAACUGUAAUAAGUCCCUUAGAGUUGAUUAGAACCAAAAUGCAAUCCAAGGCAUUUUCUUAUAAGGAAUUACAUCUGUUUAUCAGAAGGAAAUUGUCACAGGAUGGUUGGAUUUCACUCUGGAGGGGUUGGAGUCCUACUGUUCUUAGAGAUGUGCCUUUCUCAGCAAUGUACUGGUAUAACUUUGAAGUGCUUAAGAAGUGGCUUUGCAAAUGCUCUGAUAAUCAUGAGUCAACCUUUGCGAUUAAUUUUACUGCAGGAGCAUUAUCUGGUUCUAUUGCAUCUGUUGCAACUUUACCAUUUGAUGUAGUGAAAACACAAAAACAAACCCAACUUUGGAGAUAUGAAACUUCAAAAGAAUUUCGAGCUUGAAGGGACCUCAGAAGUGAGCAGAGAGAGAGGAAAGGAGUCUACACUGUAACCACCUGCACAGAUAAUCAAUUUUGAAAGAUUUAGAUAGUUUUCUAAAGACCACAAUUCUGAAAUACUCAUGAUGAAACAUGCAGUCCACCUCCAGAUAGAGAAGUGAUGGACUCAGAGUGCAGAUUGAAUAGUUUUUCCUUUCUUUUCCUUGUUUUUUUUUCUAACAUAGCCAAUGUGGCAUUUGUUUUACAUAAUUAUGCAUAUUAUGAUGGGUUUUGUUGUUUUGCUUCCCUUCUUAUUGAGUGAAAGUCAGGAUUAGGGGAAAGAGAGAAUUUAUAACUGAAAAAAUAAAAAUGUCUCCUUUAAAAAAUGAAAAAAAAUAUUUUUUAAAGGACCUCAGAUAUUUUGGAUAAAUAAGUUUAAACCAGCCUUUCAUACCAUAUACCACAAUAAACUCUGAAUGGAUAUGUUGACCUUAUUAUAAAAUGUUAGGUUAAAAAAAUAGAGUAAACUUAAAGGAGAUACCCUUUACAACUUCAAAAGAGAAUUCUAACCCAUAUUCAAGGAUAGUGGUAGCCAUAAAAGGUUAAACUAGACAAAACUAAAAUUUUGUACAGAUAAAAAUCAAUUAUCUUUAUAUUUGUAUUUUAUAUGGUGUCGAUAAAGAAAAACAUCUCUGCAUCAGAUAACUAAUUAAAAUUGAUAUGCAAAAUGCAUAGUAUAAGGGUAUUAGAAAUUAAGUCUUGUUAUAUUAGUUAAGAGAUAAGAAGUAGAGAAGCUGCCUUGAGAAAGAAUUGGCGUUUCAAACAGAGCUGAAACAGUGAUAGUUUGAAGUCUUAAUGGUUUUUCUGUGGCUGUUGGUCUCUGGCAGUUGGCAGAGUUAGAGACUCUGAGAGCUUGAAGGAGGUAACAUCUUUACCUCUCUCUCUCUCUCACUGUCUGAGGGAGAAGGAAAGGAGGGAAAUAACUGAAGGAGCUAAGUGUUUUCUUUUCCCAACUUGGGAAACACUAGUGACUAUUUCUGUCUUAACUCUGAGCUUGUUUUAACUCCGAGAAGACCAAAGAAAGACCUGGUCUUUGUUUUGGACUCUGAGUCUGCUAAGGCUCCGAAUCCUAACUUGGUUCUUGAUGAGACUCAACCAGAUAGCCUUUGUUAUUUUUAUAAUGUGGAGGUAAAGAUAGAAUUAUAAGGAAAAUAGUGUUAGUUUAUUUAGAAUAGUAAAAAUUUGGGUUAGUCAGAUCAGGAAGGAUCAGUGUAGCCUGUGGACACAGGAGAAGAGGUUCCUUGUGGAACCAGGGAGUUUUAUUUGGGUGGAGUUAGAAUCCCUUAGAGUUAGAAAUAAAUAGUUUAUUUUUAUGUAACAAGAGUCUCCUUAGCAUCCUUGCGCCUGGCCCUGAAGAGAAGUUCUCUUAUGAGCUUCACUUCACUUAUAUAAACUGAAAAUACUUUGUAAGCACAGCAAGCAAAGUAUCUAAAUCAGUUUAUAAUCAAUAAUCAAUACAUUGCCCUAUUUUUUUACAGUUUGCCUUUUAUUUUUACAAUAGGGAACUAUAAAAAAUAUAAAAAAAUUUUUAAAAGGUGGUUUCCAAAACAUACAAAGUCCAAGAAUAUGAGCAAAUAAUUUUCAAAAGAAAUUUUUGCAGUCUACCAGGGAUCAUAUGAAAACAUGCUCCAGAUUAUUAAUAAUUAAAGAAUACAUAUUAGGUUUCAUUUCAUCACUAUAAAAUUGGAAAAAUGACAAAAGAUAGAAAUAGUCCUAAGUUAAAAGAAUUACAAAGGUUUCAGAAAGACACACUAAUAGACUCUUGUUGAGUCUGUGAAUUGUUUCAACAAUUUGGUAUUAUGUAAGAAGAGUCACUAAUCUCAGUGUUCAUACCCUUUGACCAAGUGGUCCCACUCCAGGGCACAUAUCACAAGGAGAGACAGCAAUAGGAAGAAAGGUCCCAUGUAUAUCAAGUUAUAUGUAGCAACAUUCUUUGUGAAAACCAAAAACUGGAAAUAAAGUGAGUGCCCUUUGAUGUAUGAAUGGCCGAACAAAUAGUGGUAUGUACAUGUAAUGCUUAUCAUUGUGCCCUGAGAAAUUAUGAUUAUGAGCAUUUCAGAGAAAUAUGGACUAAUAUGAACUGAUGAAUAAAGUUAAGCAAAUGGAGGAAAACUUCAUAUAAUGACUACAGUAAUACAAACAAAAAUAUUAAGAUGAAGCUGAUGGCUGUAUGGUUUUUAUAACUAAUCUUGCUCUUUGUGGAGAAGAGGCAAGGAAAUGUGCCUCCCUCUUUGAUUUGUGAGAUGAUAUACUCUUGGUCCAGAGUGUUUCACAUGGCAAAUGAAUUGGCAAGUCCUACUCAGAUAUUUGAAAGGGGUUAAUACAAAGAUGCCCUGCUUUAAAAAAAUAAAAAGGUAUCAAUGUCAAUUUUCAAAAGACCGCAGAAGUCGGCUCCAUUUUUUUGUUGAUCUUCAGAGAUCACUUCUUUAUGGGGCCUAUGCUACUGCUUUUACCUCUGAUAUACUCCAAACCCCAUGCAUUUUUAAAAACUCAUUUUCCUUAGCUAAUAAAAUGAACAAUUUUGAGUUGAAUUUAAUUUGGACAAUAAUGUUGGUUUUCCCAUCACCCUCAUUUCAAUACCAGUCUUAUAGUUUUUGAAGUAAAAUAGAUUUGAUUUAACCUCUGAACAAAUUAUGUUUUUUGGAUUAGAAAAUGAAUACCCAUUCUUAUUUAAGGGAUAAAUAACUUUCUUGUUAGUUUUUUCUCCUAGAAAUUGCUAUUUAGGGGAAAAAAAAACUUUAGAUCUAUUUUGUCGGUUUAUUAUAUUUACUGUAUUUCAUAGUGACAUUUUCACAUAUAAUACUUCUUUUAUAUAGCAUCUUCAGAUAAUGAGGUCCCACAAGUGAAUUUUUCAGAUAAAAGUUUACUUUUUAGUUUAAAAUUUUUGAUAGGAAUUUUUUUUACAUGUAUUACAUAUAAUUUAAUUAGGAUCAUCCCUGUAAUGACAACAGAAUGAUUAUUUUUACUGAACCAUACAGUCAUAGAAUCACAGGCUUUUCAGAAUUGAAAGGUUCUUCAGUAGCCUUCAUAGUCAAAACUUAUACCUGAAUUUUUUUUUUUCUAUAACAUAAUAGACAAGUAUAUCCAGCCUUUGCUGAGGAAACAUCAUGACUACCCAAGUUAAUUCUUUCCCCUUUUGGCUGUGUGACUUUCUUGCUCUUUUACAAUACAUAUACUUUACCUCCUGGCCCUUCUCACAGGCUGUCCCAUGUGGCUGAAGUAUUUGUCCCUUUUGUUUUCUUUGGGGUAUAGUUUAAGUAUCUUCUCCCUUAAGCCUUUUCUGAGCCUCCUCCUCCCAGUUAUUUUGUGUAUGUAUAUAAGCAUACUUGUUACCUCCAUCAAUAAAAUGCAGUUAAUCAAUACAAAAUUCCCUGGAGUGUAAGAACCAAUUCACUUUUGUCUUUGUAACCCCACAGCCUAUAUCAGUAUGUAUUUAGCACAUAAUAAAUACUUUAUAAACAAGCCUUUCAUAUCUUUCUGGAACAAUAGAGGUAUUAGGACUAGACGGCAUUGUAGUCAGUGAAAUUUUACUGGUUGAAAUACCAGAGCCUUGGAGUAGUCAUUCAGGGGGCAAUGUCACUUAAAGGGAAGCCUCCUAGAGUCGACUUCAGGUCCGUGGAGCCUUGUUCUUUUCAGCAUUUUAUUAGUAACUUGGAUGAAGGUAUAGAUGACCUGCUUAAUCACACAUGUCCAGAGGACAUAAGGCUAGAAAUGAACAUGCUGGAUGAUAAGAUUCAAAAACAUCUUGGGAAACUAGAAUGAUGGACCAAAUAAGUCUUAUUUGAACCUAAAAACAUAAUCUUAAAAAAAAAAAAAAAUAUAUAUAUAUAUAUAUAUAUAUAUAUAUAUGUAUGUAUGUGGGGGACAGGAGCAGCUAGCUGGCUCAGUGGAUUGAGAGCCAAGCCUAGAGACAGGAAGUACUGGGUUCAAAUGUGGCCUCAGACACUUCCUAGGCAUAUAACCCCAGGUAAGUCACUUAACUCUAGUUGCCUAGUCUUUAGUGCCUUCGAACUAAAACACAGUGUUGGUUCUAAGAUAGAAAGCAAGGGCUUUUUUUUUUUUUUUCAAGUAUAUAUGAGGGGAGAGUAGUUCAUUUGAAGAAUAUCUUAGGGUUUUAACAGACUGUGGAGUUAACAUGACAGCCAAAAAACGAAUAUAGUUUUAGGUUGAAUUAAGAGGCAUAGAGUUCAAAACAUAGAAUUUGGUUGUCGAGCUAUUCUCUAUCCUGGUUAAAUCACAUCUAAAUUGCUAAUUUCUUGGUGUAACAUUUUUUUCCCCAGUAAUGAAAGUCCAUCUUCCUCUCCAUACCUUUUCCCCCAAUUGAUAAUGAAAAGGAAAAUUCUUUUAAAGAAAUAUGCAUAGUCAAACAAAACAAAUUCCUUCUUUGGCCAUGUCUCUCUGAAAAAGCCUUAGUGAGCUUGGUGCAGCCACAAAGGACAGUGACAAAAUGGCGAGUAACCAAAGGAGGGUAAUCAGGAUGUUAGGGAUAUGGAGACCAAGUGAAGGAGGAAGAGUUAGUCUAGAAAAGAGAACAUCUGAAGGAUAGUCACAUAGAAGAAAGACUUCACUGUUUUGUGCUUGGCCUCACAGGCCAUACUGGAGGAUUAAUUGAUAGAGGGUGCAGAAUGAAACAUUUCAGUUUAAGGAAUCUAACUUCCUUAAGGAUUAAAAUGAUCCAAAAUGCAGUGGUAUGCUUCUUGAGGAUUUCUCCACACCUGAGUCUUCAGAAGAUGACUGAACAAAUACUAGAGAUAUUGUAGAGAAGAUUCUUGUUUAGACACUCACUGACUGAUGAUCUCUGAUGGCCUUUCCAAUUUUGAGAUUAUAUAAUUUUUAAGGUUGAAAAUGAUAUGAAAUUAAAGUAAAUGUAGGAUUUAAAUAAAUGUCCAAGACUCCAAGAAUUAUAUUUUAUAAAGUUUAUUAAUAAUCACUCGAAGUAGAAGGGAUAAAAAGAAAAUAGAAGUUAAAAAACAACUAAUUAUCUCACCACAUUAGCAAAACUCUCCUGGCUCUCACCUGAUACCACUUGCACCAAACUUAAUCACAGGAAGAGCAAGCGAGAUAUGGAGCUACACAAAAUUUAUAUCCUGCUUACGUCAGCACAUAAUGUGAGAAGGAGACGGUUGCUGGGAAUUGUAGUUCUGGGGUUCAGAUUCCAAUUACACAAUCCCCUCUCCCUGUGUUUCUCAUGGAAAAUGAGCAUUUAGAAAUCUCCCAGAGUUACAUGCCUAGUUUCCCCAUGGAAUCAGUACACAUAACCAACUUACAUCUCUAAAGAUUUUCAACUAGAGGUACAUACAAUAUUGCACUUUCUAAUUGGAAAUUAUAAUAAUUUGGGGAUAAGAGGGAAAUAAAGAAAGAGUACAAAACUAAUGAUCGAUAGGCACAUUGACAAAAACCAAUUAGGGGGCAGUCCCCUUUGGUAUAAGAGCAUAUAUUCAAAAUAAAUGCGUUCAAUCCCCUCCAUAGUUCAAUUUCACUAUAUCUCAAAGUUCAUUCUGGAUCUUUUGGUGCAGUGUGAGGUUUUUGCAGGUAUUUCCAUGGUGCCUUCUCCAAACAGUUCACUUUCUUGAUUAGGGAAGGUAGCAAGUUUCUUAUUCUAAAAUUACUCUCAAACAAGAAAAAUUUUAUAAAUGUAGAAUUAUAUUCCAAUUAUACAAUCCCCUCUGAGGAGGGUGUUGACAAACACCCAGGGAUAUAAGGCUGAGUUACGAGGUAUGUGAAUCAAUUGUAAAAAGGAAGUCAAAAACAUUAAAAAAAAUAGAAGAAAAGAAAAAAAUGAAAUAGUAUAUAAAAUUUCUCAGUAAUCAUGAGAGAAUAAACCCAUACCAGGUCCUGGAAUCAGAGUCGAGUAAAAUAAUCUAUGUCCUACAAUCCUAUAGGACCAUUGCAGCAAUAUGCACUUUUACCCAAUGAGCAGCCAGGACUACAGAAAAUUGCCACAUUAUGAAGGAGAAAGAAAAAGGACUAGAUUUUGAAGCAGGUGGUAAAUAUCAUUCCCUGAUCUGAUUUUACCUUCACUUACAGGGAUAGGAGAGCCAGAAUUAUAGCCAAACUGAGGUACUUUGUCUGAACCUGGCAUGGCGAGAUCCUGCAUUUGAUGUUGUCAAAUAGCCACUUCCUUGAACCCCAAAACAAGUCCUCUGUCUUGGCACAGAUUCUCAUCAAUUCCAUGGGGAUUGGUUGGUCUCCUUGACCUUGUGCUUCUUGGUACUGCAUAAUGGCUCUUUUGUGAACCCUUCUCCUGGAAUCAGACACAAUCAUUAAUCAAAGUCCCAUCGUAUUUAACAAUCAAUGGCAGACUUCCAUACAUUGGGGGUAUGCAUUAAUAUUAGGGCUAAUGGAUGUAAACUUAUAUUAGUACAAAACAUGUACUACUAGUACAAAAAAUUAGAGAAAAGAGAAAACUUAGAUACUCCAUUGCACAUACAAGGAAAAACAAUAAUAAAAUUAAAAAUAAAUUUAAAAAAUAGUUCAUGAUCAGUGACACACUGUGUUACCCAAGGAGAGUUAGAAUACAAAGGUUUCUCACCCAGAAAUGAGAUCUAUUUCCUUUUUAACUUUGCCAUGGUCCACAAUGUGAGUGCAAAUGAUUUUCACCAAGUAACAGCUUUAUAAAACAGUAGUACCACUAAUGCACAUUCAAGAAGUACCCAAAUCAUAAGAGCCCAUUUAAUGACAAUAGCAAACAAACUUGCUAUCAUUAGGAUCCACAUGAGUCUCUAUAGCCUCUUGCUGUGUGACAUUUAAAACAAACAAACUUUGAAGCUCAUGGAUACUUGUCACAAGUUCUCCAGAUCUAGCCAAACUUUCAGUCUUGGCUGAGAUAUUUUUUAGCAAAGUCUAUUACUGCCAUCAUUCCAAAAUUUGGCAGAGGAGCCCAGAAAAAAAAAAAAACAA